AUGCUUCUCAAAGAGUAUCGCAUAUGCAUGCCCUUAACAGUUGCCGAAUAUCGGAUAGCUCAGUUGUAUAUGAUUCAGAAAAAGUCUCGUGAAGAAAGUACAGGUCGUGGAAGUGGUGUAGAAAUAUUGAAAAACGAACCUUAUGAAAAUGGUCCUGGAGGAAAAGGUCAAUACACAUUUAAAAUUUAUCAUGUUGGUAGCCAUUUACCAACUUGGCUUCGUAAUAUACUACCAUCAUCGGCUCUACGUGUUGAAGAAGAGGCAUGGAACGCGUAUCCAUACACCAGAACAAUUUAUAAAGUUCCCUUUGUUGAAAAGUUGGUACUUGAUGUGGAAACAUAUUUUUUCGACGAUGCUGGGGAACAAGAUGAUGUUUUCAACCUUUCACCAGAUGAAAGAAAGGCACGUAUCAUUGAUUUUAUUGACAUCGUAAAAGAUCCAAUUACUGGAAGUGAUUAUAGACCAGAAGAAGAUCCUAGUAUUUAUGUAUCAGAAGCAACUGGUCGUGGUCCAUUGCCACCUAAUUGGCGUGAGGAAUUUAUUCAUGCUCAACAAGCGACUCAUGAAACUUAUGAAAGACCACCAACUCGAACUCAUGAUAAUUCACCAGCUAUUGUUGGAAAUCUGAAGCCACUGCAUAAACGUAUUAUGUGUGCAUAUAAACUUUGUCGAGUAGAGUUUCGUUAUUGGGGUACACAAACACGAGUGGAACAGUUUAUCCACGACACUGCACUUCGAAAAACUAUGCUAAGAGCACAUCGACAAGUAUGGGCGUGGCAAAAUGAAUGGUAUGGUCUUACAAUAGAGGAAAUUCGUCGUUUAGAAGAGGAAACAGCUCAGGCAUUAGCGUCCAAAAUGGCUGAUUCCAACCAACCGCCAAAUAAUGACGGCGAGUUAUCUAAGCAAGUUCAAUCAACAACAUCAAACAUCAAUGAAACUAUGAAUGCUAUUGAAGUGAAAUGUAAUCAGUCUGAUGAAAAAUGUGAAUCCAAAUCAAGCACAGCGACAUCAGAAGAAUUCCAUCUUCCAGUUAAUUCAACUGAUAUUGCAGAACAAAAUUUAUGGGCUGAUUUUAAGAAAUUAGAGGCGAAUAAUUUUGAACUUGAUGAUUUUGAACCUUUUACAGCACCGUGUGCAGAAUCCGAUGAUGAUGCUAGGUCAUUUGUUACAUGUUGUAGCGAUCUUACUGGGAAUACUGAUUAUGCUACCCCUCUUGCGUCAAAUUUUCAGAGUUUUGAUAUUCCAGGAAUAAAGUCUUGCUUUAACCAAAAACCUGUCUCUAGUAUUCAACAAAAUUGUGGUAAACUAGUCCUUAUAUUAGUGAUUCAUGGUGGUUGUAUACUUGAUUCAACUUACGAUUUAACUACAAAACGUUCCGAUAUUUUAACUUUUCGAAAAACAAUCGAAACAGUAACAGCUAAUCACUAUCCAACAUUACAUAAUCGAAUAGCUGUAAAACUUGUACCAUGCCCUACAGAAAUCGGCGAUAUAUUCCGAUUAUUCUCCAAAUUGAAAGCUUCACCAGAUCCUACUAGGCCAAUUGAAACUCAAUUGCUACGUGAUUUAAUGCCUUUGGGGAGUAUUCCUUUAUUUUUGAUUAAUUCAUCUGGAUAUUCGCGAAUGUUGGAACAAUUAUCAUUUAAUUUGAACACUCAUUAUGCUGAGUUUUUACGUUCUCCUGAAGGAAUUCACUUUUCUGGCAAAGUUUGUAUAGUAGCUGACAGUGUUGGUUCAAUUUUGGCUCAUGAUCUUUUAACAAAACCUUCUACUAAUCAUGAGUCAGUAUCGAAUAAUAAUGAUACAAGUGUGACAGAUAUUGGAUUAAUGCGUCGUAAACAAUUUGGUAUUCAUAGUUUAAUACAGUUGGAUAAACAAAUCGAAACCCCAACUUUAAUAAACAGCCCCAGUGAAGUCACUUUAUGCCCACCUGAAUCAAAUACUAGUCUAGGAAACGUUGAAUUGUCCAACCUUGAAAAUGAAGAAUCUAAAUCACAUAGUCGAAUGUCUUCUUUAGACUUUCAAGUACAAAAUUUUUUCAUGUUGGGUUCACCAAUUGGUUUAAUUUUGGCUUAUCGUUAUCAACAAAAUCAAUUAACAUCGUCUAUUGUAUCAUCUAGUAAAACAAAUCAGCUAAUUACUAAUUCAUCUUAUAAUAUGGUUUAUCAUUUAUCAAAAGAAAUUAAGUUGUCCGUAGGUCAAGCUUAUAAUCUUUUUCAUUUAACUGAUCCAUGUGGUUUUCGCAUUGAACCAUUGUUGGAUAAUCGUUUCAGCUGUAUAUCCCCAAUAUUCAUUCCCCAAUAUGUUCGUUAUCCACUUGGAGAUGGACAGUCAACAAAUCUAAUUGAAACUCUUAUACAGCAGGCUGAAUUAUUUUCUGCAAAUGUUUCAGAAAAAUCAUACAAUUUAUCCGAUAGUGAUAAUUCUACGAUUAAUGAAAAUAAUGAUAGUACUGUAAAUGUAAAACGACAAUUAACAACUCAACAGUUAAAUUGGGAAAAAAAGUCUAUUGUUGCACUUGAAGCAUUGAAAAAAGUUCAACAGUCAUGGUGGGGACCCAAAAGAGUUGAUUACAAUGUUCAUUGUCCAGAAGCAAUGCAAAAUAUUUUAGCUCGUGCACGUCCUUCAAUUUUGCAUGCAAGCUACUGGGAAUCAAAAGAUGUAGCAUCUUUUAUUAUACGACAGAUCCUAGAUACACUGGGACUAAGUGUUCUAGAAACAUCAUACUCGGCAGAUUUGUCUGAUGAAAUAGCUGUUACGGAACUGGCCAAAUUAUCAUUGAAUCCAAAUCAGAUAAAAUCACAAACCUAUGAGGUUAUGGAUGAUUCCAGUAUACAAAUUUCACAGCAAUCAGAAAAAAGUAGUAGUAGUCAAUCGAGAUUCUCCAACCUCAGUCAUACUUUGUCAUUUGGACCUCGUAAUUUCUUGAAACGAACAUCGUCUGAACGAUUAAAGAACUUUAAAGCAAAUCAUCGAGCAAAUGAUGUGAUUACUACAACUGGAUCUACACCACUUAUCACAGGUCGAUUUGCUUUUGGUGGAUUGGAUUUGAUGAGUUUUUCUUCUGAAAAAAUCCGAGUUGAAAUCCAAUCUAUUAGUGGGUCGUGGUCAUAUGUAUGCACAGAAGUGACUGAUUCUUCUGGACGAAUCCGAUUCUCUUUGCCAGAACAAAUUCAUCUCCCGGAUGGACUAUAUCCUAUUAAAAUGACCGCUGAAUCUGAUCCUGAUCACCCAGUAAUUAUUACAUUAGCUAUAGUACCUCCUCAAACUGAGGUAGUGGUAUUCAGUGUAGAUGGAAGUUUUGCAGCAAGUCUGUCCCUGAUGGGAAAAGAUCCGAAAGUUCAUCCUGGUGCUGUAGAUGUUGCUCGUCACUGGCAGGGAUUAGGAUAUUUAUUAAUCUAUUUGUCUGCACGACCAGAUAUGCAAAGACGUCGGGUUACAAAUUGGAUGGCAAAUCAUAAUUUUCCCUUUGGGAUGACUUUCUUCCUAAAUGGAUUAUAUUCAGAUCCACUGAAACAGAAGGCUCAAAUGUUAAAAACAGUUGUUGAAAACGCCAAUUUGCGAGUUCAUUGUGGUUAUGGAUCAGGUAAAGAUAUCAAUUUAUAUCGUUCUCUUGGUUUAUCAACUCAAAACAUCUUUCUAGUUGGUAAAGUCUCUCGAUCACAAGCAUCAAAUGGAACUCCAUUAUUACAAGGAUACUCGUCGCACUUAUCUUCGUUAAUCAAUGGUCAUACCUUAUCUCGACCUGCUGUCGGAUCAAUGAGUAUAGCAGUGCGUUGUUGUCCUUUUGAUUUACCGUCAGUUUAUCCUUCGUCACCGUUAUUAAUGGAGUCUAAUUUGCUUCGAAACAAUUCUCUCAAAUUUUCACCUCAAUUAAGCCAACGAUUAUUAUUUAAUGAUGAAAUAGAACAAAAUACAUUGUAA